UGUCGAGAAGACAACAUCAACCUAAUCGGUGAAGACGGUAGUUGAGGGUUGAACACCGUCAAUUUGGUAAAACCGGAAAAUUUACAAAAUUACCCAUGAGUUUUUAUCAGGUCUCCGCUAUGGGAGCCGGUGGAAAUGGAUCUGGUAUUCCGGGCGCGGGCGGUGUCGGCGGCGGACAAGAGAUGCCCGGAAACGGUGCACCUGCUAACGCGUCGAAUCAGCCGCAUGCUACCGAGUAUACGCUACAAGGAGUAAUGCGCUUCCUCCAAACCGAAUGGCAUCGACACGAACGAGACAGAAAUGCUUGGGAGAUCGAACGUCAAGAGAUGAAAGGAAGAAUAGCUGCUCUCGAAGGAUCAGCAAGAAGAGCCGACGCUACACAGAAAGCGCUCAAGAGAUAUGUCACCAUCUUGGAGAAGAAAGUCAAGGAUCAAGCUGCCCAGCUUAAGGUCGCUUCUACCACUUCCGCCACCGACCAUUCUGUGAAGCAACCUCAGAAGAUUGAUAGGGCGGCUUUGAUACAGGAGAAGCUAAAACCUUUGGGUGAUAAACCAAAAGAGUCGGUACCCGGUCUAGAAGGCCUCGUGGGCGAGCGCGUGCACGAAGAUGAGGAGCGUGAGAACCUAAGAGUCUUUUUGGAUCAGUGUCAAGCUGAAUUCACAUAUCUGAUGGUUACUCCUGCCAAUCCCAUGCCUCCUCGCGAAUCGCCACCCUUGCCUCUGAUUGACGACCUCAGAGAGGGAGAUUUCGGAUUGCCUAUGGUCCAGCAACCUCUCGAUGCUGCUUUUCAAGCAAUGAGACUUAACCAGAAUCAUGUGAAGGACCCAAAUUCUCGCCAAGGAGCACCGAAUGCGAAUAAUGUUCAUCCGCUGAACUUGGGUCAACCGAAAAAUCCAGACCUACAAUCUGCACCUAUGGUUCGAUCAGGCGAGGGACCUGCACCGAUGUACUCGCAUCCUAACGAAUGGGUUGCUUCUGGACAACAGAUGGCUCGAAUGCAGGAGGAUCCAAACGCGAAGCCGAAUCAUUCAAGCGACUCCGUCCGUACUGAGUUUGGUGAAGGUUCGUUGGAUAAGCGACCAAACGAUGGAGAUGCUUGGGACUUUGGCGAAGGAACUUUCCCCGACCCAACAUCCGCGCAGCAACUACAACAACAAUUACAACCUCUCACUCAUCGUCCGGACACUGACGCUUUCCCUAAUGCCGAAAACCUCCCAAAGUCUCCGAAUCGUGGUCCUACUUCGCACAGACGAAAGACUUCCAUGUCUCGUAGAAAGAGUGCUGACCAGGAGCUUUCUCUUAACGGUACAGCACAGAAAUCAGAAAAUGGUAGUUUCAAGUUGCGAUUCGGGCUUCGUGGUCACCUUAACACGGUUCGAACUGUGAUAUUCUCUGGUGGAGGAAGUCCUGGCGAGCCUGAGAUUUGCACAGCUGGAGACGAUGGUCUCAUCAAGCGUUUCCAUAUCCCAAGGGAGAAUCCCAGCCAUCUUGGAGGUAUCUCCUCUGACCUUGACGUACCCGCUGAUUUCACUCAUCGUGGACAUACUGGCGCUGUAUUAUCAUUGACAUCAUGGUCGCCAUCUCCAAACUUCUCUACAGGUGGUCGAGCCCAAGGUGAUGGUUGGAUUUUCUCAGGUGGUCAAGAUGCAACUAUUCGAGUAUGGGAAAGGGGUAGGGUAGAUCCCAAAGCUACAUUGGAUGGCCACACUGAUGCCGUCUGGGCUAUUUGCGUGUUACCUGCAACUCUCGGCGCCGUCUUCGGUCAAUCGAAUCCUCAUGGCAGUCCAGAUCGCAUUCUGGUUGCCUCGGGAGCAGCUGAUGGUGCUGUGAAGGUAUGGGCUGUUAGCGCGCCCCCGCAACUUACAUCGCCGCAACCAGGUCCACCUCGACGUGCUACUGGAAGUGGUCGUGUUAGAGGCAACUCCAUGAGCUCUGGAUCGCAAUUCCCAAGUUCUCCACAACCCAACAUGGCUUCGAAUUCACCUUUCCAUUACACACUUAUCCACGACGUUCGACGUUCUAACGGUUCGUCAGCCUCACCCACUUGUAUCACUCCGUUAUCGCCAAACGGAGAAACCUUCGUAGUUAGUUACUCGGAUGCCGGUAUUAUCGUAUUCGACACGCGAACAGGCGAAGAGAUUGGUUCCAUGGCUAGUCUUGAGACUUACGAUAAUACAAUCGGCACAAGUGUCAAUGCUGUGGUUGCAACAACCGCAGGUCUUGACCAGAGCUCUGGACCAGGCUUGGGUGAUGAAGACACCAGCGGCCCUACUGGCGGUAGUGGUACAGCCGGCAGUGGAAUUGAAGGUGUUAUCAUAUCCGGGCACGAAGACCGCUUCAUCAGGUUCUUCGAUGCUAACAGCGGUCAAUGUACAUAUAACAUGCUCGCCCACCCGGCUUCGAUAUCGUCUCUUUCCCUCAGUCCCGAUGGCCGCGAGCUCGUGUCUGCUGGUCACGAUGCAAGUCUUCGAUUCUGGUCUCUGGAAAAGCGAACAUGUACUCAAGAGAUCACUAGCCAUCGAAUCAUGAGAGGGGAAGGUGCAUGCGCUGUCGUCUGGAGCCAAGAUGGCCGAUGGGUCGUUAGCGGAGGAGGAGAUGGAGUCGUGAAGGUCUUUGCACGAUAACGCUAAUCGCGUAAAGGCUUCCAUUCGAUAUACCUGUACGAAAGAAAUUUUCGAUAAUGGCAUGCACCUGAGUUAAGGGGUAGAUGGAGGUAUUCUGAAAGAAAAAGAAAGACACCUUCGCGCAAGACGAAUGAAUUAUCAUAUUACGAUACUCUCAACUAUACCUGAGCCGUGUUUUCGAUUUGGAAGGGGUUUUACGCAUGCUUUCGCGUUUGAGCAUUCGAGUCAUAGGCAAGACUCGUGUAAAAAAAAGAAUUUUACGAAACUUCAGAAUAAUAGGAAGGCGUUGUUAGGCCGCGACAAACUGUAGGAUUGUGUAAAUCUAU